AUGGCAUUUCAAGGAUGUACUAAUCUAUCUAAAUUUUCAUUUGGAAAUCAUAUUAUCGAGAUAGGAACGAGUGCUUUUGAAAACGCAAUUCUCAAUUCAGAAAUAGCUUUCCCUGCAACUUUGACAAAAAUUUCGAAUACAGCGUUCAAGAAUUGUAAAAAGAUUCCAUCUAUAUCUUUCUCUUCUUCAUCUAGUUUACAGAUUCUUGAUAGUGCAUUUGAGAAUUGUAUAUCUAUCACAUCUAUCAUAUUCAUUACAAAUACAGAAACUACAUUAGGUUCAUCAUGUUUCAGCAACUUGACAUCAUUGAACAGCAUCCAGAUUUCUAACAACAUCAAAUCUGUUGGUAGUGCAUGUUUUUCUAACAGCGGUCUUAGUCGUGUUGACUUUUUCAACAACAACAUAUCAUUUGAUUCACUGUCUCCAUCUAUCUUCCGAGGUUGCAUCAACCUUCGCUCUUUCACAAUUCCAUCUAACUGCAUCACCAUUGGCACAAGUGCACUUUCAGGCACAUCUAUCGAACAUCUUGACAUCCCAGACAGUGUCGAAACAUUUGAUGGCUACUGCUUCUCUUUCUGCACUAAACUUGUCUCUAUCAACAUCAAGAACAGCAGUCACCUUGAAAACAUCCGACUUGGUGUUUUCCAAGGAUGCACUAACUUCGCCACUAUCAACGAGUUUAUCUCAUCCAACUUUGUUUGCGAGAGUGGUGCUCUGUACAGCAGUGAUCGCAACCGUAUGCAUGUAUAUCCACCUGCAUCAACACGCCGAUACUUCUAUCUUCUCGAAGGUGUUGUUUCGAUCGAAGACAGUGCAUUCAUCGGCUGCACACAUCUUGAGUCCAUUCUUCUUCCAGAGAAGAGUCUUUUCAAAAUUGGACAGAGUUCAUUCGAAGGAUGCAUCAAUCUUCGACACAUCACAAUUCCAUCCAGCAUUGUCUCUAUUGGUGAGAACGCAUUCCUUAACUGUCCCAGCCUCAACUGUGGUGCACUGAUCCAAAACAGAGAAAACAAGACAUUCAUUCGACUUCUUAAGCAGAGUGGUCUUGACAUUUCAUCAUCUCUAUACUGCUCUGGCUUUUCAUGCGAAGCCAACAUUCACUCUAAUCUUCAUCUUCGUAUCACCGAAACUGCUGUUAUGAUUUUAAUGUGA